AAACUUGGCGAAGGUUCGUUUGGAAUUGUUUUUAAAGGAAUGUUCAGAAACAAUGUUGUUGCAAUUAAAAAGAUGAAAAUCAACACUGAAGAUGAUUCUCAAAAAAUUGAGUUUGGUAAAGAAGUUGAAAUGUUGGACAAAUUUAGAAGUGAAUAUAUAAUCCACUUCUAUGGAGCAGUCUUUAUACCAAACAAGAUAUGUAUGGUCACCGAAUUUGCACAAUUUGGGAGUUUACAAGACUUGAUGAAACACAAAAGAAGUGAUGAAGUCAACAUGGAGUUACGAGUGAAAUAUAUAAGAGAUGCUGCUAAGGGUAUUUCAUAUUUACACACAAAUGGGAUAUUACACAGAGACAUCAAACCAGACAACAUUUUGAUAUUUUCACUUGAUAUAAACGAAAAAGUGAACGCCAAAUUGACUGAUUUUGGAAGCGCUAGAAAUGUCAAUAUGAUGAUGACUAACAUGACAUUCACAAAUGGAAUUGGUACACCAAUUUAUAUGGCACCUGAAGUGCUUAACAAAGAACACUACAAGAAACCUGCUGAUGUUUUUUCAUUUGCAAUAACUAUGUAUGAAGUCUUUGGGUGGAAUUAUGCAUAUCCAAAAAAAACUUUCAAAUUUCCAUGGAAAAUUGCCGAGUUUGUGACAUUAGGAAAACGACUUGAAAGAAAAGAAAAUAUACCAGAAAAUCUAUACCAAAUAAUAGAAAAGUGUUGGAAACAAAAUCCGAAUGAGAGAAUGACUAUUAUAAAUUUAAUCGAAGUAAUUCAAAAAGAAUAUAAUAUUUUAUAA